AUAGAGGAGAACAAUGCUGGCAAUGCAGCUGCAGCACUUAUGGCUUGCUUGGCUCUGAAAGCUAAGGUCCUGCAUAAUGGAAAAUGGAGAGAGGAGGAUGCUUCAGUGUUGGUUCCUGGAGACAUAAUAAGCAUCAAACUUGGAGACAUUGUACCUGCUGAUGCUCGUCUUCUGGAAGGAGAUCCUUUAAAGAUUGAUCAAUCAGCUCUCACAGGAGAAUCUCUUCCAGUAACCAAGAAUCCUGGUGAUGGGGUUUACUCAGGUUCAACCUGCAAGCAAGGUGAAAUUGAAGCAGUUGUUAUCGCAACAGGAGUUCACACCUUCUUCGGCAAGGCAGCACAUCUUGUUGAAAAUACUACACAUGUUGGGCACUUCCAGAAGGUUUUAACAGCAAUUGGAAACUUCUGUAUUUGCUCAAUCGCAGUUGGGAUUGUAAUUGAAAUCAUUGUAAUUUAUGGGAUUCAAAAGAGAGGUUAUCGUGUUGGGAUAGAUAACCUACUUGUCCUGCUAAUUGGUGGCAUCCCAAUUGCAAUGCCAACUGUUCUUUCUGUUACAAUGGCCAUUGGCUCCCAUUGUUUGUCUCAGCAGGGUGCCAUAACCAAGAGAAUGACUGCCAUUGAAGAAAUGGCUGGAAUGGAUGUGCUGUGCAGUGAUAAAACAGGCACAUUGACACUAAACAAGCUUACCGUGGACAAGAAUAUGAUUGAGGUCCUAGCCAAAGGUUGUGACAAGGAUAUGGUUGUUCUUAUGGCUGCAACAGCAUCAAGGUUAGAAAAUCAAGAUGCUAUUGAUGCUGCAAUUGUUUCAAUGUUGGCAGAUCCUAAGGAGGCACGAGCUGGGAUUAAAGAGAUCCACUUCCUUCCAUUCAAUCCAACUGAUAAAAGAACUGCACUAACAUACAUAGAUGGUGUUGGUAAAAUGCAUAGAGUUAGCAAAGGAGCACCAGAGCAGAUUCUCAAUCUGGCACACAACAAAUUGGACAUUGAACAGAAAGUGCAUUCAAUAAUUGAUAAGUUUGCUGAACGUGGACUAAGGUCCCUUGGAGUUGCCCACCAGGAAGUACCUGCCAAUGACAAAGACAGUCCUGGUGGCCCCUGGGAAUUUGUUGGCCUUCUCCCUCUCUUUGAUCCUCCUCGCCAUGAUAGUGCUGAAACAAUCAGAAGAGCUCUCGAUCUUGGUGUUGGUGUCAAAAUGAUUACAGGUGAUCAACUUGCAAUUGCCAAAGAAACAGGGAGAAGGCUUGGAAUGGGUACAAGUAUGUACCCCUCUUCAUCCUUGCUUGGCCAAAAUAAGGAUGAUGCCUUUUCAGCACUGCCAAUGGAUGAACUUAUUGAGCAAGCUGAUGGUUUCGCUGGAGUCUUUCCUGAACAUAAAUAUGAAAUUGUGAGGAGAUUACAAGCUAGAAAGCACAUAUGUGGAAUGACUGGUGAUGGAGUGAAUGAUGCACCUGCAUUAAAGAAAGCUGACAUAGGAAUUGCUGUGGCAGAUUCCACAGAUGCUGCCCGCAGUGCUUCUGAUAUAGUUCUUACAGAACCUGGACUUAGUGUAAUCAUCAGUACUGUCUUAACAAGUCGUGCAAUCUUCCAAAGGAUGAAAAACUACACGAUCUACGCCGUGUCUAUCACUAUACGUAUUGUGCUAGGUUUUAUGUUAUUGACUGUUUUCUGGAAAUUCGAUUUCCCUCCUUUCAUGGUUCUUGUCAUAGCAAUCCUUAAUGAUGGUACCAUCAUGACCAUAUCCAAGGACAGGGUCAAGCCUUCUCCUUUGCCUGACAGUUGGAAGUUUAGUGAAAUAUUUGCAACUGGAAUUGUCCUUGGUGGUUACCUGGCUCUAAUGACGGUUUUGUUUUUCUGGGCAGCUUAUGAAACAAGUUUCUUUCCGAAACACUUCCAUGUAAGGGAUUUUAACCAGAACCACUUCAACAUGACAGAUGACAAAGUUUCCUCUAAGCUUAAAGAGCAAUUAGCAUCCGCAGUUUAUCUUCAAAUCAGCACCAUUAGCCAGGCCUUAAUAUUUGUGACUCGAUCAAGGGGCUGGUCACUCACAGAGAGACCUGGCCUUCUGCUUGUGGCUGCCUUUGUUAUUGCCCAACUGAUUGCAACUGUUAUAUCUGCGGUUGCAGACUGGAAAUUUGCUGGGAUCAGAAGUAUUGGUUGGGGAUGGACAGGAGUUAUUUGGCUGUUCAAUAUAAUAACAUACAUGCUUCUUGAUCCUAUCAAGUUUGCAGUCCGGUAUGCACUCAGUGGGAGAGCCUGGAAUCUGGUAGUGAACCAAAGGACUGCGUUCACCAACAAAAGGGACUUUGGGAGGGAAGCUCGUUAGGCAGCAUGGGCAGCUGAGCAGCGAUCAUUGCAUGGCCUGCAGUCCAUCAUUGAGAAUAAAUUAUCUUCCGAGAG